CUUCUCCAGAGCGCACGUAUUGCACUGUCACUUGUGGUAUUGGUGCUUGGUGGUAUCUGCUUUGGUGGUGCCCAUCGGAUCUUUUGCGGCCUGUUGGCCUCCUGGAAUCUACAGCCGCAAGAUGGCCGCUAAAGAUAAGUUGAUGGAGUGUAGAGGCACGUUGAAAAAGUUCUUUAAUAAUGACAUCUUCGGUGCCGUAACAACGACCAAAGUCUGGCGAGAAUCUCAGCACUACCACCGAUUGGGAAUGACGAUAUCGCCAUCGCCGCAGCUGACCCCGUUGCUGCACGUCCGCGACGAGGAGACCAUGUACUUCUUGUAUGCGCUCAGGCGCACCAUCGCUAUCUACAAGCACAACACCACCUUCGUCAAGGAGGCUAAAGAGUUGUUCAGAUAUGUGUGUAACCAGGACCGGUCGCUGCCGCUGAUGUCCGACGCGGCAGCGAACCGGGAGUUGAACAACGCAUAAUGCGAGCUUAAGCAGGCCGCGAGGUACCUGCUUUCAGUCAAAGAUUUUGCCGGCUUCUUACAUGCCGCCAUUAAAGUAAAUAAUUGUUACGACGCUUAUAAGAAAUGCUAUAAAAUAAUGCACCAAAAAACGUGGAAUAACCGAGCGUGUCAACAACGCUACAUCGACAGGAUGUCUAUGAACUUAAUCAUUUUCCAAAAGCUGACCAACAUGAUGCCGCUGUGUAUGCAGAAUUUCAUUGAUACCUUGAGCUUCAAUGAAGCCAACGGCAUACCUCCCGAAGACUGCAUAAUGCUGGGCAUGCCGCGGCUGCGCGAGAUCCGGGAGCGCGCCCUCAUGGCGGCCGGCACGUACCGCAACGCUCGCGACCAGCCGCAGGCCAUCAACGACCUGCCGCGCUAUUGCUACUGGGAGAUCAUGUGGGCCAACGCGUCAGCGCAGCAGUUCCUCGCCACCAUGUCAGCUCCGAGGUCACGUCCGCUGCUGCCCUCUACGUACAUCCGGAACGUGCCCUACUACGAGAUACAAAAGUGUCAGCUGAUGGUCACCAAGAUCGAGCUGUUCAGCUUGUGGCUCAUCGUCUGCUCCCUGUCCAGGGAGACCCAAUCCCUCAAGUUUCUACUCCGGUUGAUAAGAGAAGAAAUGUCUAAGAUCAGAAAUGAGACAAAAGUAAGGCGCCGCAGACAUGAGGAAAAUGGUCUCUCCACACUGUGCUUGCUGAAAGGGCACUGCUUCGCCUCUCUCAACUUGCCGGAGGAAGCUAUCAAAUGCUUCAAGAGGGUGGCCGGUCUCAAAACCAAGCGAAGCAUGGACAAAUACUUGAUUUCGUACGCCAUGAUCGAGUCUGCUAUGUGUCAUUACAACAUCGGCAUGGUGGACGUCAGCCAUCACUUGUUGAAUGUUGCAAGGACGACGUACAGCAACGGGACCCCUGAGUUCCGCGCCCUCGGCCACGCCUACAGCAAGGCGAUGGUCGUACGCCUAAACGAAUCGGAAUAAAAAUGAAAUCAAACAAGAUUUCUCAUCGGAUUUGACGAAUCGAUACUUUCUUAAAAGGUGUUUAUCUGAUAUCUUUUAAGAUAGUUACGAUAUUAUAUCAUACGUAUGUAAAAUACGUAUAAACAAGGAAGUGACUUAUCUAACGCAUUAUUUUAUAGCAUUCAAAGACUCGAGUGAAAAGGACACAUUUGUAGUUAUAAGUACGUGUCUAUUGUGCUAAAAAACAAAAAAAACUAUAAAAUCGAAAAAUACAAAAAAAGUAUAAAAUCAAAAAAUACAAAAAAACGUAUAAAAUCGAAAAUACAAAAAAAAGUAGUAUAGUAUAGGUAAGGUACAGGUCUGCAACAAAUAUAUUUGAAUGUAUAAAUAUUCAGAUAUGUUUAUUGCAAACUUUACAUCCAUAGAUUAAAAUAGAUUAUCAAAAAAACGAAAAAAACACAAAAAAAAUUAUGUUUGUAUUAUUUUUUUGCGCACUUAGUUAAUAGGAGAUAGGCACAAAACUUGAAAGAUUUUAAACAAGUAAUGGCAAACAAGGUUCCAAGAUGACAACUAUAUGAAAUUGACUUAAACAUAAGUACUUAGAUGUAAGUCGCUUGUCCGCUUGUUGUAUUGUAUUGUAUUGUAAGAAAUAUUACAUUAAGAUCAUUAUAGCCAUUAAUGUUAUAUUAUAUAUUAUUAUAUGAAAUAUAAUAUUUAAGGUUAUCCCAAAUGUAUGACGUGCUAUCACAGCAAACUUAAGCACGAGCGUAUUACACCAGCGCGAAAUUAAAAAAAAAUUAAAAAAUGUAUCCUAAGUUUCUUCAGCACACAUCAGCGAACUUCACAGUGAAAUAUAUUUCAAAAAAUGUAUUUUUCAAUGUCCGGAAUGUAUAUUUCAUGGUAUAUUUGCUGUAAUUUCAAAAAAAAGUAUUAUACCUCCCUCGAAGGUGGAUCGAAACAAAUUUAAAACGUCACCUAAGGUCAGCGGCCAGCGGCCUUUCAUAAUAUACAAGACGGAUGUGUGUUUCCGCGGCACCACCAACAGUAACAAAAUAUGUUUUUCUAUUCUGAUUCACAUUUACGUCACAUUUUGUAGGUACGAGUAAACAAAAACAGUGUUCUCGUAAAUGACACCGUAAUUACAAUAAUAUGUAUAUGAAGCUCGCUGGUAUCUGCAAAUGUUAUUAAACUUUAUUACAUUAUUUUUUUUGUUAUAUGUAACAUGU